AUGAUUGGAAAAGAUAGUGGUGUUAUGAAGGCAUGGGAGGCAACGAUGAGAAAGACACAUGCAGUUGCAAAGAAGCGUGCAAACAGCAUAUUUGGGACGAUAUCUUUGGCACAUGUUGUGGAUGAAGAAGAAAAUAACAACAAUGAUGAUUAUGAUGAUGAUAACGAAGAGAAUGGGAAAAAUGAGACAUUUGAUGUAUACAUUGAAGAGAAGGUUCUACCAAAUGGGGAUUACUACACAGGGGAAUGGGCAAAUAACUUCCCUCAUGGGCUGGGGAAAUACCUGUGGACAGACGGGUGCAUGUAUGUUGGAGAAUGGUUCAAAGGGAAAACCAAAGGAAAAGGUAGGUUUAGUUGGCCUUCAGGAGCAACAUAUGAAGGUGACUUCAAGAGUGGUUUCAUGGAUGGGAAUGGAACAUACACAGGGUGUAAUGGAGAGACUUAUAAGGGACAAUGGGUGAUGAACUUGAAACAUGGUCAUGGUUUCAAGAGUUAUGCAAAUGGGGAUUGGUAUGAUGGGGAGUGGAGGAAGGAUUUGCAAGAUGGGGAGGGAAGGUAUGUGUGGAAGGAUGAGAGCCAUUAUGUUGGGGAAUGGAGGAAUGGGACUAUUUGGGGCAAAGGGUCAUUUGUUUGGGCUGAAAAUGGGAAAGUGUUUGAAGGGUUUUGGGAAGAUGGUUUGCCAAAAGGGAAAGGCACUUUCAAGUGGCCUAAUGGGAGUUUUUAUGAGGGAAAUUUUAGUAAAGAUGGUAAGGAUCAAAAUGGUACAUACCACAAUUCAUGCGAGUCAUCAUCAGAUGGUGAAGAAGGGCAUAGUGAAUUAUGGGAUCCUCAAGAGUUGUAUAGUGAGUUGAAUGGUUAUUCAGUUUGCCCUGGGGAGAAGGUUCAGGUGAUGCCAUCACACAAGAGGCUUGCGGUUUGGAGGUCUACAAAGACAGGGGAGAGUGCUAAGAACAGGAGAAUAUCGUUAGAUGGAAGGGUGAGCAUUGGCUUGGAGAAGCCAAGUGAUAGGUUGCAAAUAUGGGAUGGUGGGGAGAGUGAUGCUAGUGGUGCUAAAACUCCUACUAUGGGGAGUGAUUUGGAUGAAGAUUUGAUGGGUUUGCGUGUGGAUGAUGGUGGUGAAAGUUUGGGUCAACUCCAACCUAUUAAAGCACCAAAGAAAUCAAAGAGGCAGGGAGAGACCAUAUGCAAAGGACACAAAAAUUAUGAGCUCAUGCUCAAUUUGCAGCUGGGAAUCAGGCAUUCUGUUGCAAGGCCAGCUCCAACAGCAUCACUUGAUCUCAAGCCUUCAGCUUUUGACCCUAAGGAGAAAGUGUGGACAAGAUUUCCACCCGAAGGAUCCAAAUACACUCCACCACAUCCAUCGUGUGACUUUAAAUGGAAGGACUAUUGCCCUGUAGUUUUUAGAACACUAAGGAAGCUAUUCAAGGUGGAUCCAGCUGAUUACAUGUUAUCCAUAUGUGGAAAUGAGGCCCUUCGCGAACUUUCCUCUCCAGGAAAAAGUGGUAGCUUCUUUUACUUGACCAAUGACGACCGUUACAUGAUUAAAACAAUGAAGAAAGCUGAAGUGAAAGUUCUAUUGAGAAUGCUUCCAUCUUAUUACAAUAAUUUUCGAGACCACCAAAAUACUCUUUUGACAAAGUAUUAUGGCCUGCAUUGUGUAAAGUUAAAUGGACCUAUUCAGAAGAAGGUUCGAUUUAUCAUUAUGGGCAACCUCUUUUGUUCUGAGUAUAUCACCCAUAGACGCUACGAUUUGAAGGGUUCCUCACUUGGACGCUUCUCAGAUAAGCCUGAGACAGAUAUUAGUGAAACCACAAUCCUUAAAGAUCUUGAUCUUAAUUUUAUAUUUCGACUGGAGAAGUCCCGGUUCGAAGAAUUUUGCAGACAAGUUGAUAAGGAUUGUGAGCUUCUAGAACAGGAGGGAAUUAUGGACUAUAGUUUGCUAUUGGGCAUUUAUUUCAAAGAUAUAUCACCAGAUGGGGAAAUUAUUCCUUUACAAUCUCGGACUCCUGUUGGUGAUUCCGAAAAUGAAGCAAAUCCCCAUACUUCAUGUGAAGACACAGACCAACCUCCUUCUGAUCCUUCCAGUAUCAUAUUGGGCAUGAAUAUGCCAGCAAAGGUUGAAAGAACAGUGAGAAGAAGUGGUUGUGAAUUACAACUUGUAGGAGAACCAAUUGGAGAAUUCUACAAUGGUGUGUUGACUUUUGGUAUCAUAGACAUACUUCAAGACUAUGACAUUAGCAAGAAGCUUGAGCAUGCCUACAAAUCCAUUCAAUAUGACCCGACUUCAAUAUCAGCCGUUGAUCCUAUACAAUAUUCAAGGCGUUUUCGUGAUUUCAUAUUUAGAAUAUUUACUGAAGACUCUUGAAAAGGUAUACAUGAUUCUUCACUUUCUUAUUUGGAUACAACAUGGUUACAAAUAUCCAAUUAAAAAAUAGCAGUGUUGGGUUGUUGCGAGUUACACCCUUCCUGGCUUGACUUAGUACACUUUUUGAAAUUUUCCUUGUUGGGAAGGAAAAUUUUGGUUCUACAAUUGAGAUUCACAUGAUUUUGGGUACUAAUUCAAACCUAUUGUUUAUUGUACGUUCUUAAUUAUCUUAAUUCUUUGUACAAACGUACAAUAUAAAUAACAUAUGUGAACACUGAACACAUAAUGGAGAAUGUUGAAAGCAAUAGUGAUUGUGUAUUGCAUCUUGUAGCUAGAAUAUAAUAUUGUAUCCUUUAUUAGAAAUUGUUUUUAUAAGAGAUGGAGAGGGUUGAUAAGGAAUUAAAACUUUUUUGUAUUAG